GUCUCAAGCGACCAACGAGCCUGUAUUUUACGUCACAGACAACAAAGAAGAAGCUACACAUGUCCCUUCUCCAGCUGUUCUUACCGCUCUUGAAGCCGCCCUUCGUCGAUGCGAGCGCAUAAUUCGGGGAGAAAAAGAUGGCAUUGAUGGGAAUUCAACUGGUGGUCAGUUUGCUGACUGCCAGCAUCAUGCAGAGGAUGGCGCCACAUUGCUCCUUUGCACGCUGGCUUCUCUGUAAUGGCAGUUUGUUUCGGUACAAACAUCCGUCAGAAGGAGAGCUGUGUGCGCUGGCUGGGAAACAGAUGCCUAAAAUCAAUAGGAAAGACAGGAGACAAAAUGGAGAAAACAAGCCUCUUACUGUGCCCAAAGAUAUUGACCUUCACCUGGAGAAAGCUCCAGUCAAUGCCAUGGAUGCACUCGUGCUACGUUUCUUUCUGGAGUACCAGUGGCUGAUUGACUUUGCAGUCUACGCAACAGCGGUCUUCCUCUUCACUGAGUGUUACUACUUUCUGGUGGAAGCUAGCAAGGAAGUUAACAUUGGCGCCAUCUGGUGUGUCCUCACUGUUCUCUUCAGCCUCAAAGCCCUCCACACGCUAAUGAGCCACUACUUCCGCUCAGAAGAGGGCGGCGAGCGUUCGGUGUGCCUCGCAUUUGGUUUUCUGUGCCUGUUGGUAGCCAUGCUGGUGCUGGUGGUCCGAGAAGACUACUUGGAAUUUGGCUUGGAGUCGGGCUUCUCCAGCCUUUUCGACAACCUAGAGGUGUUUGCCAAACAGCAGGGAUACGCCGAUUGGUCGGUCCCUGUCACCAAGCUGACAGUGAAGCUUGGGCUAGCUGCAUUCUGUGCGUACGUCGGUGCCCUGAUGGCCUUCCCUGGACUGCGUCUGGCUCAAACUCACCUGGAUGCCGUGCAGAUGAACUCGGACCGUCCUCUCAUCCAGAUUCUUCUGCACAUGAGCUUCUUGUCUCCCAUGGUCGUAUUGAUGCUGUGGGUCAAACCCAUGGCCAGGGACUUCCUCGCCAACGCGCCUCUGGGGAAAACCUCCGUCACGCUGGUGUCCAGCGAAGCCUUUGACAGCAUGCGGCUCUGGACUGUGGUGGCUCUGUGCGUCCUGAGGCUGGCACUUACCCGCUACCACCUGCAGGCCUACCUCAACCUGGCCCAGAAGUGGGUGGAGCAGAUGAAGAAGGAAGUCGGACGAAUCGCCGCCAUUGACAUUCAGCGGAAGGUCACACGUGUGUUUUGCUACCUCAGUGUCGUGACUCUACAGUAUGUGGUGCCGGUACUACUCAUCCUCUUCUCCACGCUAGCCCUCAAGGCACUAGGGGGAUUUUCUUGGAGUGGAGUAGGUGCGGACGAAACCCCGGGCAUGACGCCUGCUUUACUGGUGCCCAGGGCAGCGCCAGUCGUCCAAGGCACUUUUGAGGAAGAUGAGGACUCGAUGGAGGAAAUGGAGGAGGACAUCCAGGCCACAGUGGCCCGUCUGUCAGAGAUGCUGUCGGCGCUGCGCUCCGUUCUCACACCGCUCUUCUUUAGGGGCUUCUUCGCCUUCUUCACCUGGUGGGUGGCGGCCUGCCAGGUGAUCAGCUCGCUUUUUGGCAUCUACUUCCAUCAGUAUCUCAUGCACAACUAGGAUGUUGCAAGGUUGUGUGGAGAUUUUGGACGCUCCAGAAACGUUUGCUCAGGCGAGACCAGAGCAGGAUUCUGGUAUGUUUUAAAAACACUGAAAAAAAGAGUUCUUCCACCUGUUCAACAACGUUAUGCAACAUUUCAGACUCAAGCAUACUGCUUAAAAUGCUGCUUUCAACAUGUGACUUUCUACAAUAAUUCAAGGAAAAAUAAAACGUGAUAUGUGAUGCGCAACACAUCCAAAUGACAGCAAAGAAGAAUUAGAGUGCAAGGGUGAGUAUCAGUUUUUUUGUUUUUUUAACUGCUUUUCUGGUCCAGUUGCAUUUAGGGACCGUAGAGAUUUAUGGCAAGUCUGCAAAGAAGUAACCGUUUUCCCUGUAUUAAGAUUAUUACUGCUACAGGGAAAAAAACGCUAAAAGUCAUACUAUUACAGGAAUAAGUUAUAUUUAGGGGGGGGGGGAAGAGACAAUCUUAAAACAACGAAAACAUUUGAUGUUAGAAAAAUAAAUUUGCGCAUCUUACGAAGAUUAGUCAGGGUAGGUAAUUCUAGUGCCUGUGAGAAUUCUCGAUCAUCCAGGUUAUUUCAAUCUGUAGUCAUUCGAUUCAUGGCUGAGAUGAAAUGUGAAAUCGAACAACAAGAUUUGCUUGGUUUGACUUUAUUCCUGUAUAUUUUUCCUUGACACAUUUGCAUGGUAUAUAUAUUGCUAAAGACUUCCUAAUGUAUUGACUGGACGCAGGACCGAUAAAUAGGGGGCCUGCAUUGUUGGCGAGGCCGUCAAAGCUGACCGAGUGGAAUCACAGACAAAGAGCUUUUUUCCUUGAAAAUUCUUGUGAAGAAAUGCUUAAAUCCCCGAAUUCCUUAUAGAUAUGGACGUAAAACAGUCUUGAUUGUUGGUUAAAAGCAAAAACCAAAAACGUGCAGUUAGCAUUUAUUUUUUCGUAAAUAUUGCGAACUAUGAUGCCAAUGUAGUAGCGGCUAAUUUCUCCCAUUGAUUUUUUUUUCACAACGUUUCAAAUUGCAUGCAUGGUACGAAAAAUAGAAUAAUAACCUUGAAUCUAGGGCUGCAGCUAUCGAAUAUUUUAGUAAUCGAGUAAUCGACUGAAAAUUCUAUCGAUUAAUCGAGUAAUCGGAUAAAACAAAUAUAUUUUUAGGUGAAGAGCAAUUAUAUAUAUACAUGAGAAAACAAGACAUUUUAUCAUUUUCAGUCAAUCAAUGUCUUUAUUUUUGAUGUAUAUUGUUGAAAACAGCCAACAAUUGCAUCUCAGAUGUAACUAGAAUUUAAAAAAAAAAAAAAAAAAAAGACAAAUUCACUGCUUUCACUCAAAAAACCUUUAGAUCUUAUUUUUAAAAAGUAUAUAUAUAAUAUAUAUAUAUAUAUAUACACACACCUAAAAAUGCCUUUACGCUUGAUAACACACAUCACUUAAAAGUUAGGAUUUUUUCCCACGUUUUUCAAUUGAAUUUCUAUUUGUGUCAAGCCAUUUUUAAGUUCUAGUUAAGUUUUAAGUUAGUCUAAACUGUAAGUCCUGAUAGGAUUUUGAGUUUUUGUACUGUUCAAAAUAAAUGUAUGUUACAGGCUGUAUUGGAGCACAUUAGGGACCAGUGCUACUUGGUGUUUUAUCCAGCAAUGACUACUGAGCUAAAAUUGAUAGUUAGCAUUAUUGAGUUUUUAUUUGACACCCUCAUCACUCCACAACGCUAUGUUAUGUUAAAGCCUGUAUGUAAGACACGUUAGCCACGCAUCGAAAGUGGUCUUAAUUAAUUGAAACCUAGCCCUCCGCAGGGCUAACGUAAGGUGAGCUAGUAGUGACAGUAACGUUAAUCUUAUAUAUUAGCGCUUAGUGGUCUUUAUUAGCGCUUAGCGCUAUACUGCUUUAAGAUGGCGGCUGUUUGCUAACACAGCCCAGACGCGGCCUAGUCUGUCAUUAUGCAUCUAGUUCAACAUACAUGUGAUCUCUGUGAGACUCAUCAGACGCUACCUGCAACUAACGUAGCAUGUGCGGGCUAGUAUUUAGCAACGUCGGCGUCGUUUGUAGCGCUUGUCGGCUGCAGUAAGUUUUUUUUUUUUUUUUUUGCUUCUUCCUCUAUGCACGUGACAUCAGCGCGUUGUCCCACAUUAAAAGUAGUCCGAACAAAACGUGAUGCUUAGAGCUGUCAAAAUAAACGAUUACUCGAGGUGAAUAAAAUUACUCGGAUCAGUUUUUAAACUCGAGUUACUCGAGUUGCUCGAGUAUUCGUUUCAGCUUUACUUGAAUCCUCGAACAAAUCACUCCUGAGACAAUCCUUCCUGUUUAAAUGCGGUACAGCUUUCGUACUUUUUCAACAGAAACCCGGCGUUAGAUCGCUGCUUGCGUGUGUUUGUGAAUAGCGCCUCUUGAUGUGGGCGGCCCCCUACUUGAAUGCGAGGCGCAUGAGCGAUGUGACCCAUCAAUACAUUAUGAAGUAUAUGGUAUUGCUUUUUUGAGCACUAUUUUUUUUUUGCCAAAAACUGAAAAGGUUUUGCCUUCUGAUGUUUGGUGACUUUGUUGGGCAGACGCAGCGCCGACAGUGAUAGUUUUUGUUUUUUAUGUGUGUGUUUUUAUGUCACGUCAUUGUGUCAUCAAGGAACCGAUUCAAGAGUGCUAUAUUUGUUUUCUUUUCAUUUUUAUGUGUGUGAUUGAAUUUUAUCAUCCAAGUAUUUACUUCCCCAACAGAAUUCCCAAGUGCCUGAAUGCUCAGGGAUUUUUAACAAAUCUUCAAUUUUUUUUACUGUUUUCGUGACUUUUGUUGUUCGUUUGUUUUGGGGGAUGGGAGGGUUGCUUUUUCUGUUUUACAAAGUAGCUUAAUAAUUUUUUUAGUUGAAUGAUUUGAAUUAUAACGCAAAAGUUUGUAUUUAUUGGUGAUUAGUAUGAUAAACAUUCCCAAAUGGGAAUUUACUAUUUGUUCUUAAGCGGCUGUGCUUCACUUUUGCUUGGGAUUUAAAUAUGCUGCAGUUUUUUUAGAUUAGGUGUUUGAACGGUCGGAAUUUAUCUUCAAUACUGUGAAGUAAAACGGAGAAGCUUGUGAACAUUUUGGACUGCAUGGUGUGUCCAUGUUUUUGUUCUGACUGUACUGUAUUUGUGUGUUGUAUUAAAAUAUUUUUAUCCUGGUUUCUUUUUGGGCGACUGUAAGCUACUACAAUUGGAGCAGCAAACAUUUUGUGGAUAUUGAGAAGGAAAAGAGAAAUUUAAAAUUUUCAAAAUCCUCUCAUCAAGGGUAAUAUUUACUUUAUCUCGGGCUGUUUACAGUUAUGGAAGUCACUUUUUUUCUCGGUGAGAUCUAAUGUACUUUAUCAUAUAUUUGUUCCCAACACAAUUUUUCUGAUUUUUCUUUGUCAUAGGUAACCCAGUUUAGUUACCCCCCACCAACAUAUUUCCUUGUCAUUUUAAAAUUUUAUCAAAUUCAAUACUGCCCGCCCGUCUCAUCAGACCAUCACACAUGGUUCCAGUAAUCCAUGUUCUUUGUUGACAUGUCUUCAGCAAACUGUUUGCGGGCUUUCUUGUGUAUCGUCUUCAGAAAAGCCUUCCUCCUGGGGUGACAGCCAUGCACACCAAUUUGAUGUAGAGUGCGGCGUAUGGUCUGAACACUAACAGGCUGACCCCCCACCUCUUCAAUCUCUGCAGCAAUGCUGACAGCACUCCUGUAACGAGUCAUAUGACAUUUUGGAGGGAAAAUGACAAGCAGCACUCAAUUUGGACAUUUAGGGAUGUACGUAGUUUCUUUGGGGUGUACUCACUUUUGUUGCCAGGGGUUUAGAUAUUAAUGGCUAUAUUUUUGAGGGGAAAAUAAAUUAACUAUUAUAUAAGGUACGCACAGACUACUUUUCAUUGUGUUAAAGUGUCAUUUUGUCAGUGUUGUCCCAUUAAAAGAUAUACUUAAAUAUCUGUAGAAA